GGUGUGAACUUGUAGUUGAGACUCCGACAGAGUCAGAGGACGAAGCUGCUGUGUUGAGGAUGAAGGCCGUCACCGCUCUCUGUCUCGCCUGGCUGCUGGUCGGCUCAGAGGGAGCUUUGACUUGCAAGGCCCACGUCAAGGUCAAGGACAAGGACCAGGUCCAGGACAAGGUCUGCGCAGAUAAGCAGCAGUGCGCAACGUUCACCGCUGACGAUUCUCCAGGCGAGACCAGGAAAAUGUGCUUGAACAAGACCAUCUGCGCCGCCAUGACCGACAAAUGGUUCAGCAUCCAAAGAGUGACCACCAGGAGCGUCAUUGUCAAGUGCUGUGACAAGGACAAGUGCAACGACAACGCUGUGGCUCCUCCAGCACCGUCGAAGACCCCGAAUGGCAUUUCCUGUCAAUUUUGCGACGUAGGGGCUAACGCACCCUGCUACAACGCCACGUGUGUCGGCGACCAAGAUCGCUGCUGGACUCGCAAAGAGGGUCAAAAGGAAAUCCCCAGCGGCUGCAUAACGUCCAACGCCUGCGGUCUGGACAGCGACGCCCGUGAUUUCCUGAAAUGGCAUCUGGCAGACCUCAAGGAUAUCAAGUGCUACAAUUCCGCCAUGUCUCUCAAGCUGAGCGUCGCGCUGAGCGUCUUCUGGCUCGGCGUCGGCGCCGCCGUCGUGUCCUGAGACCCACGAAUGAGACGCGUGAUUCCAAUAAA